ACUUUGGACAAAACACUUGGCUCCUCCACUCCCCCCUCUUGGCAGCUCCUGGGCUGGAGUCUGCGGAGCUGCCUCAGUCCGGGCUAGGCUCUGCUUUGCAGCGACUGCACCCUCGCCUUCUGCUUGGGCUUGAUCCCCGAACGGGGCGCCGAAGGCCCCCCGAUGGCCGACUCGCUGCUCAACCACUCCUGGCCGUCCUUCUCAAAGCGCUGGAUGAAGAGAUGGUCCUUUAAGCGAGGGUCAGACUGCAAGCCGUGCUCGCGGGAGUUUGGCACCAGCAGUGUCCCCGGCUCCGACUGCAGCAGCCUGGACACCUUCUCCCCAACUCUGGUGGUGGGGGACGAAGUCUUCUUUGCAGAGGAAAAGGAAGACUCCUCGUCUCCGGAGCCGGACGCCCUGCUGGGGGAUGCGCACAGCAGCACCGAGGAUCUCCUCUCCAUAGACUCGGAUCUCCACGGCACGGAGUAUUACAGAGACUUGGGGCUGCCCAACGCGCCCGAGGCCGGUGGGGCUCCGGGAACCACAAUGCUGCCGGAUCGGACAGGCCAGGGGGUGCCCCGCUGUCCCGUCCCAGAAGAGAAGCCUGGAGGUGCGGGGCAAACGCUUGGGGGCGCUGCCUGCCCUGAUCCCACUUCCGCCUCAGCGCAGGCCAGAGAGGCCUGCGGCCAUUUCCUGAACAGUGACUCAGUUUGCUCCUGCGCGGCAGGGCCCCAGGACAGCCCCCCGGGGUGGGGGUGCCUGGCAGAGUCGGGCACAGGACUAGCACUGCAGGAUGAUGAGGAGUCCUUUCCUACCCUAGUGAGAUCCAUGUCUACCUCGCGGCGCCACAGCUGGGAGAGCUCCAUGUCCCCUACGGAGAGCGAGCGCAGACUAAGCCUGGAUGCUUCGGAGACGGCCAGUGACCUGGAGUCAGAAGAGCUCGAAAGGACACAGGACACAGAAUGUGGCAGCAAUGAGAAGAGACUGAGGUCCAAGUCCAUCCCCUCCAGCUGCCGCACGGCUUCCGUGUCUCGAAUCUCGAGUCUGGAGGUGCCGCUCCCAGCUGCAAAAGGUAUUGGACAGCCGGUGCUGGAGCCGAUUGAAAAUGACCAUGUGGCCCCAGAGCAAGUGCUGAUGGUCCAGCAGGUACUGCAGGAGCUGAAACAGUAUCACGGGGCGAAGCAAAGGGCCAGUGCUGCUGAGGGCAGCGAUGAAGCCCAGCAGAACCUCACCUGGUUUGAGUUCCUGUCUAAUGAGACUGAGGACAGCGGGAAGAGCGACAAGAUCGAGAAAGGCACCAAGGUGAAGCGCCGGCUGAGUUCCCUGCGGAACCGCGUCACCGGGUCCUGGCAGAAGGAUAAGGACUGUGCAGUGAACGUCCACAAGAACUGCAAGACCUUAUUGGCUGAAUGCAGCAGUACCAGACCCAAGCAGAAGGAUUUGCAACACAGACCUCCUGGAUCCCCUCAAAGUUCACCUCAGUGCUUUUACCCAGCAGCCUCUCUGAAGGAGCAACCCCGAAGUGCCCUCCUAGGAUCGGAUGGCACCCCUGUUCUGUCUCGGAAUCCCGGCAUGACUGUCACACACAGAGGAAAUUCUCUGUCUGCAUUGAAUACUGCUGGUUCAGUUAAUAAAUUUGGACCAAUCACAGGAGAAAUGGAUGAAGCAGAUUCAGGAUUUAUAAAAUUUAAGCAGACAUCAGAUGAUCUUGUUUCCCUUGCACCUUCGACAACAGAAUCCAUUUUUCUGGAAGAUACAUACUUUUCCUCUCUGAGAAGUGAGAUAGAAACAGAUGCUCGUGAGUUUGAGGCAGAAUCUUGGAGUCUUACAGUGGAACCGCCUUAUGCGGCGAAGCAAGAGAAACCAGUUACAAAAAGGCAAGAUGUCAUUUAUGAGCUUAUGCAGACUGAAAUGCAUCAUGUGCGGACACUAAAAAUCAUGCUGAAGGUAUACUCCAAAGCACUGAGGGAGGAGUUGCAGUUCACAAACGCUGUCAUCAACAGAAUCUUUCCUUGUGUGGACGAAUUGUUGGAGCUGCAUGGGCAAUUCCUGUUCCAAUUAAAGGAGCGACGGAAGGCGUCCUUGGAGGAAGGCAGUGACCAGAAUUAUAUUAUCCAGAACAUUGGAGACCUCUUGGUACAACAGUUUUCAGGUGAAAAUGGAGAGAGAAUGAAAGAAAAAUACAGCCUGUUCUGUAGUGGUCACAAUGAAGCUGUCGGUCACUAUAAGGACCUGCUGCAGAGCAACAAGAAGUUCCAAAACUUAAUAAAGAAAAUAGGUAACACUUCUAUUGUGAGAAGACUUGGUGUCCAGGAAUGCAUCCUCCUAGUCACUCAACGCAUUACAAAGUAUCCAGUGCUGGUAGAGCGUAUUAUUCAGAAUACAGAAGCUGGCACUAAGGAUUAUGAAGAUCUGUCCCAGGCACUCAGUUUAAUUAAAGACAUGAUCACUCAUGUAGAUGCCAAUGUAAAUGAGUGUGAGAAGAGGCAGCGUCUUAGAGAGAUUAUGUCUAAAAUGGAGCUGAAAUCAUCAGGGAAAUUGAAGAAUGGGCUGUUCUUCCGGAAGGACAAAAUGAAGCAGCGGCGGCUCCUGCUGGAUGGGAUGCUGUACUGGAAAGCCGCAUCAGGGAGGCUCAAAGAUAUUCUGGCUGUCCUGUUAACUGACAUACUUUUGCUAUUGCAAGAAAAGGACCAAAAAUACACUUUUGCAUCUGUGGACUCCAAGCCACCAGUUAUUUCAUUGCAAAAGCUAAUUGUAAGAGAGGUAGCCAAUGAGGAGAAAGCAAUGUUCUUAAUUAGUGCCUCAUUAAAAGGACCAGAGAUGUAUGAAAUUCAUACCAGCUCCAAAGAGGAGAGAAAUUCUUGGAUGGCGCACAUUCGCAGAGCUGUGGAAAGCUGCCCUGAUGAAGAGGAAGGAACGUUCAGUGAACCUGAAGAAGAAAGGAGACUGGCGGAAGCCCGAGUUGCUAAAUUAAAAGAAUUUCAAGACCGUCUGAGCAUGAAAGAUGAUUUGAUUUUGCAAAGUCUAAAUGAGAAGCAACAGAUUUAUCUAGAAAUGUCUGAAAUGAAUGGGGUUGAAGAGCUUUCCCAAGGAUCCCAAUCCAAACUCCUCCUCAGGGGGGAGACCUCAGAGAAUCUGCAAGGAGAGGUGCUCCUGAAAUCUGCGGUGACAGAAAUUGAGAAACUCCAGAACCUCAUCUUCAUGCAGUUAGCCAAUGUGACUUAUCGUUCUGAAGACAGCUGUGGGUCGGGACUGCCCAGGAGAGCUGAGACCUUUGGGGGAUAUGACAGCACCACUGCAAUGCCAAACAGAAGUGGUAGUUUUAAGAAGAAGGCCUAUGGGAGCGACCAGAGGCUGAGGGACUGGAGAGGCCCUGCAGGAAGUUCAGAUGUGCUACUCCAAGACCUUCCUCUUGAUCCAGAAGAAGGAUCUCGCACAAGUGAUGUAAUGAGACUGGAUCAUAACAGCAGUUUCCAGCCCCUCCUGGAAUCUGAGCUUGUCCAACGGAUACAGAGACUGGCACAUUUGCUCCUCAGCCUUCAGGCAGUGAUAUCACAGCAGGACAGCUGCAUAGAAAUCCAGCGAGCCACCAUCAUCGAUCGGGAAAAGCAGUACCGGCUGCAGUCCACACGCGGGAACUUGCUACUGGAGCAGGAGAAACAGCGCAACUUUGAGAAGCAGCGAGAAGAACUGGCCAAUGUGCAGAAGCUUCAGAACCAGCUGAAGGUGGAUCAGCAGCGCUGGGAACGGGAGAGGGACCGACAGCAGAGGGAGCUGGAAAGCAAAGAGGCCCGCUUACAGGAGCGAGAAGAGGAAACUCGGCAGCUGAAAGGCCGCUUGACCCAGGACCGGGAGGAGCUGGAGAGACAACGGGAGGCCUAUCAGCACGACCUAGAGAGGCUACGGGAAGCGCAGAGAGCAGUCGAGAAAGACAGAGAACGUGUGGAGCAACUAAAGAAGCUGAAAAAGCAGAAUACGGGGUCGGGCACAUUCUCCCCAGACAUGGGGCAGUCUCGGCCUUCAAAACAUCCUCCUUCCAAUGGAGAAGGGAUAGAAGGGUCUGCAUCCCACUUGAAGCCCUCUGGGAGGGCUAGUGUCUUGGGAGUGGAUUACGAGGAUUGGCCGGAGCUGGUGCGUAGGGACAGCGCCACGCUGGAGAACCGCCCGGUUCUUGCGAUGAAGAACGAGGUGCCAAUCCACCUGCUGAGUGCCACCAACCAGAUCCAGAAACCGGCUGCCGUUCAGCAGCAAAUCCCCACCAAACUCGCCACCUUCUCGAAAGGCAGCAAAGAAAAGGGGGGGAGGAGCAAAGCAUCUCAUCGGACGGACAGCUCAGCAUCUGUGGACCUGAAACAGCUGCUGACACCUAAGCUGGUUGGGAAAGAUGAAGGUGCACCGAGGAACAGGCGGUCGGCGAGCCCAGUCCUCCUGAACAGCCAGGGCACUGCGUUCCAGCCAGAGACUUACGGCCCAGCUGACAGCCAGCCCGAAGCAGGGAUUCCAUUCCGGUCCCACAGUCUGCACAUCCCUACCUUUGUGGCCUCUCCACCAGCCCUGAUCAACGCUCAGGACGAUACCAGCAAAGAAGAAGUCAUUUUUUUCUGAGUGUUUCUUGUUCAAGAAGGUCCUUGUGCCAGACUGUUUCAACGAACUGAAGUGCGGCACUGGGGGUGUCCUUCCGGAGCAGGAUUUCACUGUCGCUUGGUUGGCUUCUCUAGUGACUGCUCAAAAUGAAGUCCCCAUAGUAACACACUUCCUUUUAAUUUUUCCGAGCAUGGGAAAGUAUUGACUUUUCUAUGACAUCGGUGUAUACAUUCAGAGCCUGUUAAAAUGUUGCCAUCCACUGUAAUUUGCUCACUCUGGUGAAUCUUCAGUAGCUCUUGGUAGAUCUUUUAUCUUGUAAAGCAAGUUGAUGUUGGACCGCCCAGAUUUUUUUUUUAUGUCAAAGUUUUAUUAAUAGGCACUCAAAUGGCUGAGAGGUUCAAUUCUGUCUUUACAGAGCAAGUGAUCGGUGUCACAGAUUCUUAAUAUUGUUUUAAUAGCUAGCCAGACAGCAAGCCAGGCUUCUCAUAGCCAGCAUGAGCAAGGAGAGCAACACACUCGCAUAAAAGGAAUGGCAUCUUGUAUCUGUGAGUGAGUUCCCUGGAACAUGUGCUCACUGCACGUGUACAAUCUAAGAGAGACUGUAAACCUCUUCCAUUGAAAAAGUCCCCAUAGCCAAAAAUUCCCUCUCGUUGUGGCAGCACGGGGUUGGAUGUGGAUCAACGCUCUAGUGUGGCUGUGAAGAAUUGGGCUAGGACAGUGUGUUCCAUCAGUUGUGCUAGGUCUGAUGUCCAUCUUCAGGAAAGGCAUCUUAAGGACACAUCACCUGGAGAACAGUCUCCAUGUGGGUGAGCGUAUAAAUUCCCAAAGCAGAAAACAGGUUGGUUCAAAACGAAUUUUGAGACUGGGGUUUUGUUGCUGCUGAAGAUCCUGACCAUGAAGAGCUGGUCCAGCAGGCGGUGGGUUACUAUCCUGUCUAACCCCUUGUUCUCUGGGUCUUUGUCUGUCAGCUCAGUGCACAUCACCAAGGACUGGAAAGUCACACAGCUUGCUGUCACUGCGGGGAGUGCUCUGCAGCUCAGCCAGGAAUGAAGGGAAUAAGGAAUAUUUAGAAUAAUUUACCAUUCACUAAACCCCCUUGCAUCUGCUGGUACGUCUCUCGUUGGAUGGGUUAGGUUUUAGCGACUCUUGGAGCGCUGACAAAGUGAACACCGUUCUGUUCAAAUGGGAGUACGUCCCAGCAAUGCAAUUUGGGGAAUCGUUCAAGGGGUCACAGGACUCUGGUGUGUGUCUCCGUUCUCGAAUAUGCACUACAUCUCAUUAACAUGUAACCCAGUACAUGGAACUGUCUUGUCAAAUAUACUGUCUACAGCGAUAUGCACCAAAGGGAUUGUUCAGUGGGGACACUGCCAUCGCAAGGGAAAUGGAUCUUUCUCUACUAUAACACGUUUGGAGAAAUGCUUCCCAAAAGGCAGCUGCAGGAGAUUUGACGCACAACAUCAUGACUAAAACCAUUUCAGCACAAGUCGGUGCAAUUUCCCAACCAGAAGCAUUCGAAAAUGCUGCUUUAUUCCUGCUUUUGAGGAAGGCUGGCUGUUGAAAACAGUUCCCUCUGAGUGGGCAGUACACAUGUGACAUGCCAACAAAAUACUGGCUGGCUGUAACUUCAGUGCAGCCGAAGCGUUUUCAGCAGUUCAAGGAGAAAAGCCCUGGAGGCAUUUAAAUUGUCAGAAGUGUUUGUUGUAGAGUACAGUCUGGGUUUGGAAAUGGCCAAAUGCUGUAAGCUGGGCUGUUGUACCCGGCGAGCGAAGCUGUAAUUGGGCAAUGCAAAUACACUGGAAAUCUGUAAUCAGGGAGGAAGAAAAGAGAAAUUUGGAAGCUCAGUGGCCCUGUGCAGGUGCUAUCGCUUGUGAUGCUUGUGAUGCUGUCUUGGAUGUCGUUGGCUUAAUUCUCCGCUCGGCUGAAAAUCAGGAUCAAGGCCAUUCAAGUGAUUGGAAUUACACUGGUGUAAGUGAGAAGAGAAUCUGCCCCCAGUCACUCUGGUUUAUCAGCAGAGAAGCUCUAGAAGCUCAUACUGGUUUUUUUUUUUAGCCAAGUUGCUCGGAGGCCUUGCACAGCUUGUGCAGUUUCUUAUGGAGCUGGGGUGCGAAGAGCUGUACGGUCACAUCAAGAGACAGCCUGAUGCAGGCAUCAUGAUCCUGCCUUCUUGUGACCCAGCGUGUCCCGUUAUUACUGGUCAGGACAAGGGACAGAUGGUGCAUGGGCUCGCGAGUCUUCUUUAUCUGCUGCUGUCCUCACCCUUCCGUGCAAUAAAUGCUCCCAGAUGUAGAAGAGAGAUCCCUGAAAAUUACUAGGUCUGUAAUGAAAUCUCAUCAGAAAUACAACCCGCCUUUCUCCCUAGUGUUUUCCCAGGAAGCGAUUGUAGUUCCAAGUGAGCACAUGUGGUGCCUCUUCGGCACCAUUCUUCAAAGACGAGCCUUCCGUCCACAACUAAGGAGCUAGUCUAAGAGUCAGCCUCUGUCCUCAGUGCACACGUCUCACUGCUGCUAGCAUGUGUGGAGGUUGCAUGAAUCUGGUGCGGUGAAGGGAGCCCUUUGGCUCUUGGUCUCUUGAGUACACUCAGGUUUGUCUAGGUUUUAUUUUAAGUGCCAAGCUAGGUAUUGCUGGGAUUUUUCUGUAGGGGGAGCAGCCUGAAGAAGCAUGACAGUGAAUUAGUGAAGGAUGUGCUAUCUUAAUGUUAGUGUGCAAAAUCUGUACCUGUACCAUGCUCUAAAGCAGGGGUGGGCAAAAGGGCCUCCGUGGGCCGGAUCCGGCCCGCCAAGCUGGCUGAUCCAGCUCGCGGAGGCCCUGCUGCGCCCCUGCCCCCAGGCCAGUUAGGGGUGCCCUGAUUGGCCUGGGGGCGGGAGGAGCACACAAAGUUUCCUCCGCCCUACCUCCACCCUACCCCCGCCCUGCAAGAAGCAUGCAACACUUAGAAGUGCUGUGUGCUCCUGGCGGGGCAGGAGGAGGCUUCACGUGCUCCCCCAGGCCCUGAUUGGUCUCGGGGUGGGGGAGCAUGGGAAGUCUCUUCUGACUGCCAGCAGCAUGGGUGUUUAGUGGGCAAAGGGGCUCUCCCACCCCCAAAGCAAUCAUGGUCUGUGGGUGGAGAACCCUGAAGCAUCCUGGCCCCGCCCCUUCCGUUUGCAGCCCCGCCCCUUCUGGUGCUUCCUGGAGCCACUUCACAAAUUUUUGAAGUGGACCCCGGCAAAAAAUUAUUGCCCACACCUGCUCUAAACCAAAAUAUGACAUACCCCUGCCCAAAGUGCAAAAUCAUUGGUGUGGAGCUGAGGACAAAAGGCGAUUUUAAAAGAAUCACCUGUUCAGUUUUGCAAAGUCAGAGGCCUGGAAAUGUCAUUAAAUUCCUCCCAUUUCACAAGUCAGAAUCUAUCAUUAAAAAGUAAUUCAUUUGGGGGAUUUUGCCCAGCACUAGUUUUUAAACAGUUUUUUCCCCCCCCCCUGAAGCGGCUUAGAUUCCAAAGAUGCUGUUCAGGUCUGGGAUAAGUGACAGAUUUAGGGGGUGGGGGGAAGCUGACUACCAAAUGUUUGUUUUUGAAUUCUGUUGCUACAGAUCAGAGAACUGAACCUCUAUGGUUCCCUUCCUGCCUGAAUUCACCUUUGGUCUUUUGCUGCCCUGAGGUCUGAUGGGAGUUGCAGCAUGACCUUUGAACUACUCACUUUUGUGUCACAGCCUUACUAUUAUGGAUCGUAUGUGUAUUUAACAUUGUGGCAUGGAAAUCUUAAGGUUGCUUGUAGUCUUUGAUCUUCAGUUUUAAAACCAUGUCUGAAGGCUGCUUCCUUUUUUCUGUCCUUUCAAACUUCUGCCACUUCAGGCCUUAAGAUUCGAAUGUCUUCAUCAGGGUUGCGCUCACUUUGACGCUGUAUCGCAAGUGCUUUGAUAGUCUCUGACUUUCCUAGCUGUGAGCUUUAGAUGCAGCACGGCCCACAAAUUGACUUUGGAAACCAGUUUCCCUGCCUGGGAAGAAAAGUUGCUGAUUCCUAGAGAUGCCUGUUUGCUGCGCACCAGUGACUGUUGUGUCCGUACAAGUAGGAGUAAAAAUAGUGACAAUUCUGGCUUUCUAAAUUGUUCUCCUUCCAGAUGUAGGAUACAGUUUGAGUGCAUUUGUGGCGCUUGUUAAAGCAAAUGGCAGAAUACCUAGAAUCAGAAUCACAGGAGCAUAUUAGGCUGGAAUAGGAUUUAAAAAUAGUGGCGAAAAAAAACCCUUAUACCUGAUCCUACAUAGUCUAGUUAUCUGAGACUCUGCUAAUGCUAGUGAUAUACCAGAUCAUUGUGUAGAUUCCUCUCCACAAGGGAAUGCAUUUUGUUGUAUUCCCCAUUCUCAGCCUCCCUUUGCGAAGAUCUUACCUCUGCCAUGGCUAUAAACCCUGCUUGUGAGAAACCAGAACAGCCUUUUCCCCUCCUCAAGGCCAGUCCAGUACCUUUGAAAUCGUUAGCUGCCCUUUAUCCUUUGCGUGUGCAUGUUAUGUGUCGAAUUCCAUUUGUGCCAUGUUUCCAAUCAGUGUUUUAUAUUUUUGUACUGAAAAGAAUUGGAGCACUUUAGGAAGGUUUAUUUUAAAUUUGUCUUCUGUUUGUAUCAUGCUGAUGAAAGUAAACCCUGUUGUCUCUUCUUGCUCAGUGAGUUGUGAACUGUCUUGAUACUGUUUGAUUUAAAGGUCUGAUUUAAAGGCCUCCUCUGCACUGCAAUGAUUCAUGAAUAAUCAUGAUUUAUGAUUACAUGGGAUUUAAAUUGACUAUUUGGUUGGGGAGAUGGUCUCGGUUGUUUCCGUUUUGGUAGGAUGUAAACAUUGUAAAUAGUUCCUCUACUGUCAAUAAUUUGGUCAUUCAACUUCUUUGUAGUCCUUAAUUUUAUUUGUAAAGUCUGUGGUUAAAUGUUAAUAUUCUCUUGAAUGGUGCACUUCUUGGUUAAUUGUGAACGUGAUCUUAGCCCACCAAACAAUUUAUUUUUACAAUGAUCGCAAUGGUUCCCCAUUGAAGGGUUUCAGAGCAGCAAUACACCUGAAACCAACAUCCAGCAAUAAAAAUACCCUCAAAAGCUA